UCUGGAGGUGGUGAACGGGUUGGUGGGACAGGUGGGGACCUCUGUUGGUGGAGAACCUGGUGAACGGGAGCGGUUGUUGAUUAUGUGGAGAGUUGGAGAUUGUUGACGUUUAAUCAGAAACAAGGAUGAGGUGCAACGCAGCACUUCUGUGUACCGCAGUGAUCGCCCUCUCGGGUUUCGCACACACACGCGAAUAUGAGCGGACGAGACUCGUGGGGUCACCAGACACUCCAUCUGACAUAAUGGCCCGCAACAUCCUCGAUUGGAUCCAGGGUAUUUAUCGUCAGGGCGCCCGCAAAACAAGACAGGAGAGUAAUGGGUACUUGCCGCCUUAUGGCAGUCAGCGGCCCCCGGAGAAGCCGAGGCCAUUCCAGCCAGCGCCAACGGGUGAGCCAUCGCCGUCACCAGGACUGAACGAGGUCACUGGUUACCCGAGUUUCCAGCCGUCAUUCGGCUCGACGGCGAGGCCCACGUACAUUCCCCCGUCGUCAUCUGGGUUCACCCCCUCAGGGGGGUACCCUAGCAGUCCACCCAGACCCUUCGGAGGUUCAACCGGUGCUACUGGACCCUCUGGACCACCUGGGGGAUACCCUGGAACGUCGACGACUUAUUUACCACCGUCGACGUCCUACGGAUACCCCUCGACUUCUGGAUAUCCAUCGUCAACACCAUCUCCAAGCUUUCCGACACCCUCACCCGGGGGGUAUCCCUCGCCUAGUGGAGGGACUGAUUCGUAUGGAUAUCCUUCUCCAAGUCCCUUUCCAGGAUUUCCCACGCCAACUGGCCCUGGAGGAACUCCGGGCGGAACUCCUGGCGGAACUCCGGGUGGAACUCCAGGAAGACCUGGCGGAACUCCGGGUGGGACUCCAGGAAGACCUGGAGGAACUCCAGGAAGACCUGGCUCACCUGGUGUGAGUCCCACUCAGCCACCGGGAACUCCGGGUUCCACUCCCCCCUCGGGAACUCCAGCGCCUUCACCCGAUGACGAUGAUUUGAAGCAUCCCCCCCACAUUCACGAACUCCAGGUCGAGUGUAGCAAGACCAUGAUGACGAUAAAUAUAGAGUUCAACAGGCAGUUCGAUGGAGUUAUCUAUUCCAAGGGAUUUUAUGGAUCCCCCGAGUGUCGUUACGUGGCUGAGAACUCGGGACAGACCAAGUACAGUUUCACGGUCAGUUUGGACUCGUGCGGAACCGAGUUCAUCAAUGAUUUUGAGGGGGAGGCGGGGCAGUCGUACCUGGAGAAUGUUCUUGUUCUCCAGAAUGAGCCGGGGAUUCAGGAGGUCUGGGAUACCGUCAGGAGGGUGCGUUGUCUGUGGGAGGGGAACAUCAAGAAGCCUUUGACGGUGAGUUUGUCGGUGGAUAUGUUGAAUCAGGAGAUUGUGACGUUCAGCGGUGACACGGCCACUGCGAAACUGGAUAUUCAGGUGGGGAAGGGGCCGUUCGCACCUGCGGCCAGUGGGCUUGUCAAGAUUGGGGAGCCUAUGACUCUUGUGGUUUCUGUGGAGGGAGAUCCGGCGUUCGAUCUUCAGGUCAGGGACUGCGUGGCGAGGGACGAGGACUCCACGAAUGUCGUGCAGUUGACCGACGAGAGGGGGUGCAUACUGAAGCCGAAGCUGUUCGGGGCCUUCCAGAAGACGAAGGAGACUAUGAACACCGGGGCUUCUAUCAUUGCUUAUGCCUUCUUCCAGGCUUUCAAGUUCCCGGAUGUUAUGGAUCUCUUUAUUGAGUGCAAUGUGGAGCUUUGCAAAACCGAUUGCGAGGCCUGUCCAGAAGCUAAUCAGCAACUCGAACCAGGUAGAAGACGAAGAGACAUCUCCUACGCCCCCUCAAACAUAUCAUCAGGUGCCCUGUCACAACCACUGAGAAUGUCCCGUGGAUUCCGUGUGAUAAUGCCCGACGAUUUGUCCCUGGCGUCGAGUCAAUCCCUGGAAAGUCUGGAAGAAACAGCGAUUGCAGAAUUGACUCUCGAGCAGAGUAUCUGCAUGAGCUACGCAGGCUUCUACACCUCCUUCUCCAUCAUCCUCUCCGUCCUCGCCGUCACCACCUCGAGUGCUGCAGUCAUGUACCUCAAGCUCCAGAAAAUAUCGCGGGAGAAAAACCCCGAUUACCCCCUAGGGGUUCAUUGAAAUUCACCAACAAAAUUCGAUCUUAGUUGAGUAAUUAGAGUAAUCGAGACAAUCAUCAUUCAGAACCUGUUGAGAAUGCCAUUGACACUCGUGUGUUCAAUUAGCUGGCUUGCACCAUUCGCUUGAAAUAAAUUUCUCCCACUUUUUCAUGUGCCUAAACAACUCCUUUAUGCCCAUAUAUAGUUUAUUUCUUUUUCUUAGAUAAUGUACAAAAUAACAUGAUGUUUCUCUUAUUUUAUAAUUUUGAUAAAACGAAGAAAAGCCUCAGAUUUUUCAUUUACAUAUCAUUUCCAUUAUACGUUAUAGAUAUCAUAACUCCAUCGUAACGUCAACGUGAAAAUGGAAAUAAAUAAUCUGUGAAAAAUUAUGU